CCCCUCCUUUACCCUUACCCUUAAGCCUUCACUCUCCCUCUUUCACCACUGCCCUUCCUUCUCUUCCUCUCUCUCUCUCUGUCUCUCUCACACACACACAUACCACCAGCCAAAGCAAUUCUUCUUCAACCAUCUUAAACCCACCAUGGGAAGACCUCAACAGCGAUACCGCGGUGUUCGUCAAAGGCAUUGGGGCUCUUGGGUCUCUGAAAUUCGACACCCCGUCCUGAAGACUAGAAUAUGGCUAGGCACGUUUGAAACGGCAGAGGACGCAGCCAGAGCAUAUGACGAGGCGGCGAGGCUGAUGUGCGGCCAAAAAGCACGAACUAAUUUCCCAUACAAUCCCAAUGAGCCUCAAUCUUCUUCAUCAAAGCUUCUCUCAGCUACCUUGGCUGCCAAGUUACAUAAAUGUCACAUGGCAGCACUCCAACUGGCUAAAAAAAAUGCAGCAAAAGAGUCUUAUGCAGCACAAUGUCACCCUUUGGCUCCCACCAGUGGCAUUGCCCAAAGUAUUGGAGAAAUGGAUUGCCGGAGACAACCGGAGAACAAGUGGGAUGGGGAGGAAAGUCAGGUGGGGAGUGAACAGCAGUUUAUUCCACUAGAAGAUGACCAUAUAGACCAAAUGAUAGAGGAGUUGCUUGAUUAUGGAUCUAUUGAACUUUGUUCUGUUACUUCAACUUAAGCUCUAAGAUAUAGUAGCAUUUUCCGAAGUGUUAAUGCAGCUUCUUUCCCCCCCCCUUUUUUUUUUUCCAUUUUUCUACUUAAGGUAAAACUAUAGGUUAUAUAAGAUUAGAUGCUACAUUAUGCAACAUUGAUGUGCAUAAAGUAGUGUGAAUACAUUAAAAUAAAUCUGAAUUACAUAUAAUCAGGCAUGCAGCCGCCUAUUCUAUCA